CCUUCAUCCAAAUUGACACCCGGGGCUCUCAGAAAUAUAGGCAGCAUCACUUCCAGCUCGUGCAUUCAGUCCAACAGCUGCCCCAUAAGCCACCGAGCAGCAGCUCCGUCGAUCCAAGGUGCACCCUCACCCACGCAGAGACACUCGCACUCGCCGGAUCUUUGCAGUGGGGAUAGAAGCUCAUUGUCGGAGACGCAAUGUUUGUCAAACUGGCCGUGCUGCUGCUGCUGGUUUUGUCAGUACUGGAGCAAGUAGUGGGAACGGAUAAUAUUGACAUUUAUGACACCCCCCCGGAGAAACCUGCGAGCCAGAAAGGACGCCUCUCCCUGCAGAACACAGCUGAGAUUCAGCACUGCCUGGUGAGUGCAGGGGAUGUCGGCUGCGGUGUGUUUGAGUGCUUUGAGAACAACUCCUGCGAGAUACGAGGGCUACAGGAAAUCUGCAUGACGUUCCUGCACAAUGCUGGCAAAUUUGACUCUCAGGGGAAGUCCUUCAUCAAGGAUGCUUUGAAAUGUAUGGCGCAUGGUCUGCGACACAAGUUCAGCUGCAUCAGCAGAAAGUGUGUGUCCAUUAAGGAGAUGGUGUUCCAGCUCCAGAGAGAGUGCUACAUCAAACACAACCUGUGCUCUGCCGCUAAGGAGAACGUGGCCGUCAUGGUGGAGAUGAUCCAUUUCCAAGAUCUGUUCCCCAAAGGUCCAUAUGUAGAGCUGGUGAAUAUUCUCCUGAGUUGUGGAGAGGAAGUGAAGGAGGCGCUGACACGCAGCGUCCGACUACAGUGUGAGCAGAACUGGGGGGCCCUCUGCGACAGCUUGAGCCUCUGCACCUCAAUGGCCCCGUCUCCUGCCAGCACCCCAGUCGAAAACCGCCGCCAGCUCUUGCCUUCACAGCCUGAACCGGAGCACCCUCGCCUGCCGCGGCAAGGUGAAAAGGAGAAAGCUGGUAAGGCAGGCUUCAGCUCUCACCCACGUAACCGCAGCCAGGGACCCCGCCGUCAUAGUCCGGAAGCUGGAGUGGUGGCUGAGGAGGAAGACCCCAAGGCCACCGACAUCCGGAGGUGAAAGCUCAGGAAACGGACUUUUGACCUCCUACACCAUUUAAAAGCCACACUUGCAGACUUGUGUACACCUUCACACAACUACAAACACACACAUAUUCACACACACACACACACACACACACACACACACACACACACACACACAAAUUCCCAUAGACUGAGCUGAAGGAAACAAGCCCCGACUUUUCCUGUCCUUAUUCCACCCUUUCUAGUCAUUCCAGCAGUCCCACAUGGUAAAUGUGCAGGGUAAUCAUGGUGUAGCUCAUGCCAGACUGUAGGCCACAUUAUCAUUAUUAUCAUUAUUAUUAUUAUUAUUAUUAUUAUUAUUUUAAAAAUAAAUAACAAUUGUUGACUAUUUCAGCUGUUAGGACUAUUUUGGCUCUAAUAUAGCAUUUUCUCAAAUCAUACUUACUGUAAGAUUUGAUUAUAUUUGUAUUAUUUAUUUUAUUCUUUAUGCAAAGUUGAAAUAUCAAUAUGUACAUAGAAUAUCUAUAUUUAUAUGAACAUGUAUAAAUAUAGUUACAAUAUGCAAUACUGAUAUACUAUAGGUGACAUAGUAUAUGGUGUGCUGUCUGUCAUUCUCUUCACAGUAUUGCACCCAUCACACAAAGGUCUGUAGAUAUGUAACAUACACUAUUUGCUGUUUUCAAAGUGGAGAUAUGUAUUAUAACUAUAGAUACUUGAUGAUUAAUACAAAUUGUACAGGAUUUAAGUCCAGUUCUGGCACAUAUGAAUUGUAGUGCAUGACGGCCAUUAAAUGUGUGCAUUCUUCAAAGUGUAAGUCCACUCGGAAGAGAAUGCAAAUGUAAAGCUACGAAUAUGAGCAGUUAGUUCACACUUGUAUGUAUCGAUAAGUCUCUCGCAAAGCUAGAAAUAAGAGCGCAGAGACGCUUCGUCGAUGUCACCCUGUCACCGCUCUCUGGGCAGCAGUGAAUGGGGAUCUGUAUGCUUCACGAGUAUUAGAUAUAUUCUAUUCACGUGUCUUACUUUAAAUGCAAGUAUCACACCACUCUCAUUCAUUGUUAAUAGAGCUCUGGAAACUGUGUGUCAGAGACAUUGCAGAUCGGUGUCAGUGUGUUUGGUUUCAGGAGCUGUCACUCAUGUUCACAAACAGCAGCUGAGCUGUCAAAUGUGCUUUUUCCCACGUGACUGUCAGCUAUCAGCGUCAAAGAGGAUGUUCGAUUUCAAAUGUCCCCCCCCCCCAAAAAAAAAAAAAAAACCAUCACAAACAUCAGCGUGCCUAAAGUCAUUAAUGUCCACCGUGACCGCUUCUCUGUGAUUUUAAUUGAAUCGAUGAUACUGUGUCAUGAGGGAGGUUUUAAUGUUAAAGCUAUUUUGCGAAGGUGUUGAGCCACAAAGUCUUGGAUUUUGCACUUCAGGUUAUUGUCGGUUUGUGUUUGACCAGUGCAGCUUGAGAAAUAAGACCACAUUAGCUCAGUAGUCACCCUCUAGCCAGAGACCGUUUCCUUUAAGCAGCCUGGAUUUCCUCUCGACGACGGCACCAAAAAGGCCUGCAUCCUCACAGAACCAGGUCGAGCCGUGCUGCCCUUCCUCGGUGUCCCAGUGGGUAGGAAAGAGGCUUGACAGAAACCCUCUGGAUCUCCUGGCCCCUAUAAAGUAGUCCUUAUUCAUCUCUGGUCCCAUACCUAGGUCAGACAUGAAGGCCUGUUAUUCUACCCGUUAGAACCGCAAGCAACACAGCGAGGACCCAGGAACUGGGUUAAGUCCACACACGGGGGCUCUGGCGCUGUUAUUCUAAAUGUUAUAUUUACAGAGGCCACCAGAGAAUUCCUCUGGGUCACAGCCAAGAGCCAGCAAAACAGAGAGGCAGAGACGAGUGGAGCAAGGAGUGAGACGAGCCCAAUGUCUUUCUUUCUUUCUUUCUUUCUUAAAUGUGAUGAUUCACUCUGUCUUUCCUUCUCCGAGGACUCUUCUUUUACUCCUCUAGGGCACAGACAUGCAGAUUUUUGACCAUUUCAGGCCAGUCACAUGCUUCAGUUGUGGAAGUGCAGUUUAUGAACACAUUUCACCACAUGCUGUGGAGUGCUUUGUGCAAAAAUAAAAAUGAGACAUGUUCAGAUUUUGUGGCUCAGUUAAAGCUUUUUCACAGUUUUUUUUCUCCUUUUACUACAUACUAAAGACAUAGAUUUAUUCUCCCAUUCUCCCACUCAUUUAGACACGAUCUUAAGUGCAACUUUGAGGCUUUUUUUUAAUCAUUAUUAUUAUUAUUAUUAUCAUUAUUAUUAUUCUUUUGUGGAAGUUGGGAUUCCUGUGACAUCCCAGCAUAAGACAUAAGCUAAUCCUAUGAGAAUGUACUGUAUGUUUGUAACGUGACAAUCUGUUAAGCGCUCUGUCAUUAGGUUUGAUAUGGCUUUUUGUAAUACUAUAGUGGCUUGAAUGGCUUUUUUUGCCCUGUAUGUGUUCAGAGGAAAAUAAAACUAACCAGGUUUCCUGUA